UCUGGUGUGAUCCAUGUAACAGCUUGCCACCAGGCGAGACCAGCAGGCAACCGAAAGCAUUGAUUUACCAGACUCCUUACGGUAACGGGCUAUGCCUUAUAAAUUCUCUGCAAAGUCAGCCCAUGAGAAAGAUGCAACCCCAGCGCAAUCCAAAGGACUAACUCCAAAGUACGAAUUUGAGGGCCACGAGGGCACUAUAUGGAGUUUCGGCUUCUUACACGACAACGUUCACAUCGUGAGCGGUUCGCUGGACGGCACGAUGCGGAAGUGGGACUGCCACACAGGACUUAUUGUUGGAGAACCAUGGAAAGGCGAGGGCGGCAGCAUAUAUUCACUGAUGUUGUCGCCGGACGGCAAGACAAUUGCAUGCGGGAGGAAGGACGGAAGUGUUCAGCGAUGGACUACCGACGGUGAGAUGAUUAAAGGCGUUUGGGCGGGUCAUAGCGACCGGGUGAGGUCGUUGUCGUGGUCUCCCAGCGGGGACCAUCUUGCGAGCGGGUCCGGUGAUGGGACAAUCCUCAUACGAAAGGCAGAAAGUGGAGAAAUCGCAGUGAGCCCAAUUAACACGGAGCAGAUCGGUGUGUGGAGUCUUGCAUAUUCACCUUCUGGAGGGAGAAUUGCAUCAGGCGGGUGGAACAAAACAAUUUGCAUCUGGCACACGAAGACCGGCAAGCUUGUCGUCGGCCCCAUCGAAGAUGUGGGUAAUAGUACUGUGACGUCGUUGACGUGGUCAUCGGACAGCAGUAAACUUUACUCUGCAUCCGACAAAUUCUCCCGUGUUUUCGACAGCACAUCAGGCCAACUGAUUCAUCGCUUCCAGCACGAGCAUUCGCUGUAUGACGUCGCACUAUCACCCAAAAACAAUGCACUGGCGUGUGUGGGCAUCGAAGGCGUCGCACGGCUAUGGGACACCGAAUCCCAUCAGUUACUCGGUCAACUAUUUUAUCAGGAUCACGCAGACUUUUACUGCGUGUUGUUCUCUCGAGAUGGGAGAUACUUAGCAUGCGGUGGACGCGACGGGACGAUUGCUUUAUGGAUGGUAAAAGACAUAGCUCCUGAGUUGGCAGAACCCAUAUUUCAAAAAGGUCACGGACGACCUACACAACAGGAAACUCAGGCUCGACCCAAGUCCCCAUCAUCAUCUUGGCUCGAUGCUGAUGCUACGGGGGGUGAUGACAUCCUCGAGGUGUGCGAUGACCCAUAUCACAAUUUUUUCGAGUCUUCCAAGACAUCUCUUCCAUCGCCGUCAUCUGGCUCCCAUCCCCCACACCUGCCCUCUAUUCGCCGCUUCUGGAACGUCAUCUCGCGCCACCGCCCACUGGCAGAUGAACCCGUUCCACGAGAACGUCACAAGCGUGGUUUCUUCGGUCGUCGCGCUCGAUCAAAGUCACCCCUGGGGCCUGCAACCGUCAUACACAAUCAACUACCACCAGAUGGGAAGGUUCAAGUGGGAGACGAAGGUGAAGAAGAUGCAAAGGAUGAUCCUGAGCUCGACGCCAGCAAAGACAUUCAACAAGAGGAAUCUUUUGCCGACGCGCAGAGCCCACCACCUGCUGUUACCACUUCCCAUUCCAAGCUUGACAGCGAUGACCAUAACCUAUGGAAACGGCUCAUGCGUACUCGGCGGAAGGAUCCCACUUCCACCAAAAUAGCUCCAGCAUUGAAACGUCCUGAGGUCGUUGACGUAUACGCUGUGCGAGGGUUCCAGAGAUAUGUCGCACAGACACCAAAACCCAAAACAAAGUCCUCGGUGGCAAUGCACAGCGCUCCUCUUACUGCAUCACACGCACGUGGCUCGUUACCAGGCGGUCCAUCAUCACACGUUAGUCCCGUCCAGCUGGGUAUGUCGCUGCAAACCACGUCAAGACAGGGACGGCCAUCACCCGUUAUAGUUGGACACAGAACUCAUUAUUCGCAAGCUGUCGGAGGCCACGCAUCCCCAUCACAUUUUGUUACUACAUAUCACGCCAGUCGUGACUCAGAUUCUGACUCAAUCCAAGGUUCUUGCAACAAGUUCCUUGACAAAAUAUGUUUCCCGUGUGGACACUACCACGAGGAUUCUUAAUGUCGGUUGGGGUUUCGUGUGUGCUCAGUCUGUAUCCUUCCUUCAUCUUCUCCGGUCCUCGUCAGAAUUAUGGUUGGCUGUAAUUUUCAAAAAACAGGACGCAUUUAUGUGCACAAACAAUGGAAUAGAAC